AUGUCAGUUCAACAAAAUCAACCUUUAAGACUGGUUUUCCCUGAAUCUUCCAGCUUCAUCCCUAAAAAGUCGUCAUCAAACCGAGCCAUAUCAUUCAGGUAUCUUAUCCUGGUAGCCUACAUUUAUGGUGGUGUCCAUGUCUUGGUAUGGCUGCUAUCGCGAACUUUGGUUACACCGCUUUUCCAACAACUUGUCUAUGAUCGACGCGAAUACCAUGAAAAAUUCUUUGAAUUACUUCGUGAUUUAAAUACAAAGCUUUCUAGUUUUGUUCCAUUCAUUCCUCCAACAGCUUUGAUCACAUAUGAAACACCAUCAGGAUCAAGAUACGCAGAUGCACAAACACAAACCAACCCUGAAGAAGAGGAAACAAAACCCAAUGAUCCAUACUCUUACAUUACCAGUGUCACUACAGAGAAAACAAAAAGACGAAAUAGACGUACUACAGUUAAGUUUGGUGCUGGGUCGGACGGUGAAAAUAAAGAAAACUCAGACAAUGUUGAGGAUGAACAAGAGGAUCUACGUAGCCCAGCAGAACGGGCCAAUUCAGAAACAAAGGAGUUUGUCGAGACUGUCAAAUACAUAAGCACACGGACUUCUGCGCUUGAAACUGCCUCUAUUGUUGGUCUUUUUAACCCAGUAAAGGUCCAGCUUAACGAACUAACGGAUUCCGUGCGCGCACUCAAUGUGGGCGACUCAGCAGCACUCGCUGACACUCUUCGUCUUUCCAAAUCAAGCAGCUUAAAGAACCGCAAAACCAAUUUGGAUGAUGUGCGCAAGGAAAUCCGUAGUUUUAAAGGUUCGUUCCUCAGUGCAAGAAAUUUCCCCACAGUUCGUCGGUAA